AUGGCAUCCACACUGCCUGUUCAGACCUUGGCCUUGAUCCUGAUUUUCCUGGCUGGCCUAGCUCCGGGGGCUGCAGACUUCAACAUCUCAAGCCUCUCUGGUGUGCUAUCUCCGGCGCUAACAGAAAGCCUGCUGGUUGCCUUGCCCCCAUGUCACCUCACGGGAGGAAAUGCCACACUGAUGGUCCGGAGAGCCAACGACAGCAAAGUGAUUAAAUCAAGCUUUGUGGUGCCUCCAUGCCGUGGGCGCAGGGAGCUCGUGAGCGUAGUGGACAGUGGAGCUGGCUUUACCGUCACACGGCUCAGCGCAUAUCAGGUGACAAACCUAACUCCAGGAACCAAAUACUACAUAUCCUACCGAGUCCGGAAGGGGGCAUCCACUGAAUCCAGUCCAGAGACCCCGAUGUCCACGCUUCCUCGGAAGAACAUGGAGUCUAUCGGGUUAGGAAUGGCAAGGACGGGAGGCAUGGUAGUCAUCACAGUGUUGCUGUCUGUCGCCAUGUUCCUGUUGGUGGUGGGCCUUAUCAUUGCCCUGGCACUGGGUGCCAGAAAAUGA